UUUAAAAAUUCAUCAAGUUUACAUUUAAGUAAUGAGAGUCAUGCUGGAGUUCAUUCUUCCAGGCCUUCCAUAACUUCAGAGCAUCUGAUGCCUUUUCUGAGGGAAAAAGAGGAAGUCAAUUUUGCUUAUCCAGUUGAUAUUAAAAACAGCCAGUGGGCAGAUUUUGUUUCUUCUUUUUGUCCUUGUGCACAGCAGAACAGAUCCUCCUGAAUUGUGUUUCCUGCAGGAAUUAAUCCAUCAUAUUAGCGCUCAGGUUUGGCUGACAUUGAAGCAACUUGAGAUGAUGGAAACGUUGAAAGGAAGAGGUUUCUGCUGUUUCCUCUGCUGGCUCUCUGCCCAUUUAAUUCAUUUACUUUCAGAGUGCCUCUGACAUGCUGGGAGACUGAGGGGAGCACUUUUUGCACAAAACACAGUUUUUUAGCUCCUUUUUCCCCUGUCCAUCCUGGUUUUAUAUCUUAAAUAUUUAAAUAAACUCACCACGAUGUGUUAGUCAUGGAACGUACCCUACAGAGUCAGAAGUUGUGCUGGUUUGUCUUUGCGCUCUGCUGGUUUGUCUUUGCGCUCUGUCCAUUGUGCCUUUGUGAGAAAGCAGUUAAAGCUCCAGUGAAAUUCCGCUUGGAACUGUGCGCCUGACAUCCUGCAUGUUUGCUCUCCCUUCCUAAUGUGUGAGCUGCAUGUCUGCACAGCGUCAGCUCCGCCAUCAGUCCAGUGCAGGCACUGCAGCACAGCUGCAGCACAUAGACGGGUCGUGGCCCAGCUUAAAAUAAUUUAAACCUUGUCAAAUUAGAAGAAAACACAAAAUAAAUUACAUUUUGAAGAAAAAAAGAAGUUUUUCACAAAAAUCUGUUUCUGUUGAAAUUAACUGCGGCAUAGGUGACAAAUAUGUCUUUUAAAGCAUCUGUUGGUUGCAAGAUUUUUUGAAAAUCCCUUGAAUUGUGAUGUUUUUACGUCGGAAUAUAUUUAAACCGAUCUAUAGUCUGUGUAUGUCGGUGUGUGGUCUGUGUGUGGCCUGUGGGGACCGGCUGAGUUGACCCCAGAUUAAAAGGACCUUUAGCUCACUUGCAAGUAUGAGCACAAUGAAGCAGGACUACAAAGGGUAAAUGAAUGUCUUCCAAGGCUGUUUAAAUCUGCACCAACUGCCAAAAAAAGCUGAGUAAGACUCAACCCUCAAAGUUCAACUAAACAGAUUUAACUUUUAUGACUCAAUUAACAUUGUUCUGUUUUCUUGAUAACAGCAAUAACACAGAUAAAGUGGAGGCAUUUGGAUACGUUUGUCCUCUUUCACGUUCUCUUAUGUCAUCCUUUGAGAACGCCUGGAUAUCCUUUACGAGACAGACUGGAGAGGCGUUUAAGUAUCCGUUUUACGUCUUCGAGCAACGUCAAUGCUGCUUGAUGUGAAGAUAAUGAUGGCUUUAUGUCCGUCUGUGAUUAAACCGCAAGUCUCACCUCAGAAAUUGUUUUUAGACCCAAGAUAAAACAGAUAAAGUUACAGGAUUUGGCGAUUUGGUUUACCGGAAUGUUUGUAAAAAGGAGAAAAAAAAAGGAAAACAGGAAAGUUUCUGCGUUAAAUGACAUGUGGCUUUAAGAGAGUAGUGAGUCAGGAAAACUGUAUUGAUGAGCAGGCUCAGCUGUGGAGAUAAGACCAAACGCAGCACAUGACAAACCUGCAGACAAAACAAGCAUCCCGCUGAUUUUCUCUGCGGAAAUGUGUCUCUUUUGUCUUAAUGCAGGUAAAGAUCUUCCAUUUGUACAAAGAUCAACGCUGUGUUUUUCAUGAGCUGUGAUUUCAAAUCCACACAUUCCCUCUGUGGUAAAAUGCAACCCUGCAUAUGUAAUAAAGAUGGUUUAUCUUAUUCAUUUCUGCUCUGAUGAAAGCGGUAGUUUACAUUUAUGGAGGCUCAGUGGUUGAAGGCGUGUAUUUGUUGUGCGAACAGCUACUCUGACUUUAGCAGGUAUCUUUUAUCCACUUCAUAAAGCAGCUAUUUAAUCCUGAGAGCACAGUCAGCAGUGAUAAUCAGACGCCGUAAACAGGUGCCACCCUCUCUGAGCUCACGUCCAAAGGGCAAACUCGUCCAAGGGGUGCAAAUAUAAUCAAACACACUCUUUUGGUUGCUUACAGUGACACGCGGUCCAAACAAGGCCAUGGCAGAGAAAUGUAAGGAUCCUGCAGAAAAGAAAGGGAGACUGACCACAGUCCUGGCGCUGUCCACGCUGAUAUCUGCAUUUGGAUCAUCGUUCCAGUAUGGGUACAACGUGGCGGUCAUCAACUCCCCGGCCCCGGUCAUGCAGCAGUUUUACAACACCACCUACAUGGAGCGCUACAAAACUGAGAUGGGGCAGAACUUACUAACUCUGCUGUGGUCUCUGUCCGUCUCCAUGUACCCUCUUGGAGGCUUUUUCGGUUCUCUGAUGGUGGCUCCUCUGGUCAACCACCUAGGAAGGAAAGGCACCCUCCUCUUCAAUAACAUCUUCUCCAUCGUACCUGCUGUGAUGAUGGGAGCCAGUGAAGUCGCAAAGUCCUACGAGAUCAUUAUUGUGGCUCGGUUCAUUGUAGGCAUCUGUGCAGGUCUUUCGUCCAACGUGGUGCCGAUGUACCUGGGUGAACUCUCUCCAAAAAAUCUGAGGGGAGCUCUUGGCAUUGUGCCACAGCUUUUCAUCACCGUUGGGAUUUUAAGUGCCCAAGUCCUGGGCAUCAGAAACAUACUGGGCAACAGUGCAGGCUGGCCCCUCAUGCUGGGCUUAACCGGCAUUCCUGCUUUGAUUGAGCUGCUGCUGCUGCCCUUCUUCCCAGAAAGCCCAAGGUACAUGCUCAUCCAGAAGGGAGACGAGAAGAAGGCAAAGAAGGCUUUGCAGCGGCUGCGCGGCUGGGACGAUGUGGAUGCUGAGAUGACAGAGAUGCGUCUGGAGGACCAGUCGGAGCGGGCCGAAGGCCGCUUGACGGUCUUUUCCCUGCUCGCCCAGCGCUCUCUCCGCUGGCAGCUGAUCUCAGUCGUAUUCAUGAACAUGGGUCAGCAGCUGUCCGGUGUCAACGCGAUCUACUACUACGCAGACAGCAUUUACUCCUCUGCAGGAGUUAAUGAGAACGAUGUUCAGUUUGUCACAGUGGGAACAGGAGCAGUAAAUGUGGUCAUGACUGUAGCAGCUGUCUUCAUCGUGGAGAAGUCAGGCCGACGGCUGCUCCUCCUUGUAGGUUUUGGGAUCUGCUGUGCAGCGUGUGUGCUUCUUACCAUCGCCCUCAGCCUCCAGGAAAGCGUGUCAUGGAUGCCAUACGUCAGCAUCAUGUGUGUCAUCAUCUACGUCAUUGGCCACGCCAUCGGACCCAGUCCAAUCCCCAACGUGGUGACCACCGAGAUGUUCAGGCAGUCCGCCAGGUCUGCAGCAUUCAUGGUGUCCGGCUCUGUCCACUGGCUGUCCAACUUCACCGUCGGCCUCGUCUUUCCCUUCAUGGAGAGAGGCCUGGGACCUUACAGCUUCAUCGUUUUUGCUGUCAUCUGUCUGCUUACCCUGGUUUACGUCUGGGUGGUGGUGCCAGAGACCAAGAAAAAAACCUUCCUGGAGGUUUCCCAGAUGUUCGGAAAGAGGAACAAAGUAGAGAUCAAGCUGGGUGACAGCGAUCUGCCCCUGAAAGACAGCAAAGAAAUACCCGAGGAUCCGGAAAAGGUCACAGCCUUCUGAAAGGAGAGGAAGUCUUUGAUGUGGGGGGGUAAAGGGUCCAGUUAUUUUCUAUUCCAUGUCUUAUGAGAAGUUGGAACAGAGUCUUUAUAUACGCAUUAGUGUCUUUGAACCUUGUUGUGCAUGUAAAUUAAAAUUUGCAGAGUAGUAGAAAUGAAUGAACGUGUAUGUGAGUAAUGAAACAUAACAAAGAGUCUCUUUUAAGCCUUUAUUGUUGGUGCAUAUAUGUGAAUACAUGGAUGAAGCUGUGAAAUACAUUUCAAUAUAAAACCUGG